UUGACAUAUUUUGCCGUUUGACAGUUCAGUAAAUGUUGUGAUUAUGAAAUCGUCGAUAAUUAUUUAAAGUACCAGAUUAGUCAGUAAAAUAGUUUUAAUAUGUCGUCUCUUAAAGGUUGGAGAUACACAGUCUUCAUUGGGGGAUUUGUUGGUUUUUUAGGACUUGCAUUAUAUCCCAUAGUUGUAAGUCCUAUGUUGGAUGCAUCAGAAUACAAAAAGAUCCAGAAGGAAACGAGAAAAAAUAUCAGGAUAGAAGAUGUGCAACCGGGCAAUAUGAAUGUGUGGUCAGAUCCAUUUGGCCGUAAGAAAGCUGACAGUGAAUAAAGGAUAUUUGUUUAUGUAUAUAGUGAUAAUUU